AUGCAACGAGCAACACGUACGAAUAGGCGACCGGUCUCAAAGGCAUGUGACGCCUGUCGACGCCGCAAGAUUAAAUGUAAUGGAUCCCAGCCAUGUUCAGGAUGCCUGUCCUCAGACUUGAUGUGCACCUUCAAAUCACCCCGAGGACUUGGAGGCAACCGAGGUGCAAGGGCGACAGUUCUCAAUGAAUUACGGGCAAAACAGGACGGCAACGAAGCUCUUUCGUUCCUUUCUUCUCCUCGGACUUUAUCCAAUACGGACGGGGAUGUAUCAGUAAUAGAUGCUGCCAUUACGUUUGACCAACACCACAUCGACGCAUGCAUACACAUGUACCUCGACCACAUACAUCAGGUCGUACCUCUCCUGAAUGAGGCAAUUUUGAAAACAGAGGCCUCACAGAUGGAUGCAUCGCGUGUCUCACGUCAAUUCAUGAUCGCUUUUUGCGCAUACGUCGUCACAUUCGGAAAAUUGACCGAUGAGGGCGAGCCAACGUCAUCUUUUUUCACCAACCCAGAGGCUGGGAAACAUACGCUGGAGACUGCUCUGCUGGCUCAAGACCUUGGUAGAGUAACACGGCCAACUCCCCAUUCAGUUUACAUUUCCUUCUUUCUCUAUGGCGCCUACGCAGGCCAGGGCGAUUACCGUCAAGCCUGGUUCUAUCUCAGAGAAGCCACCACGCUUUUCAUGAUGCUGAAGACUGGUGGCCAUCCUUGGUAUGAUGAGUCUGCACAGAGAUCCAUGUUCUGGGUCUUGGUCAUAUCGGAACGAUCCCAUGCUGUGCGCAGGAAUCGGCCCAUUACUCUCCAAAUCACUCCAUCUAGUCCACAGCUUGCGUCUUUUGGCCAAGGGAUGCUCGGACUCGCAUCAAUUUUCCGUCCGCUGGACGAGAUUUUCUUCGCGGUUUGGAAUGGAUCGACCCGAGAUUGUUCCAAGGACUGGCUCCUCCGAUUAGAACACGAUGUCAGGACAGUAGUACCGCCAGUACUUCACGUAUCUAACGGAGAAAUCGCCAAUAUUCGCGUGACCCAAUUCUGGCUGCAGAUCAAGCUGUGGGAGCUCUUUCCUCGUUUCGGCUUUCUGUCAACUGAGUCUGUGUACGAGUGCUUGACCUUUAGGUAUCCCAUAGUCAUUGCGAGAGACAUCACUGUCUUGGCUAUGAAGCUACCCUUAAGCAGCUUACAGUUGCAUGGAGUUGGAAUGACCGAGAAGAUUUUCGACAUUGCUUGUGCUCUUGCAGAUGUCCUACCUUUUGUGUCCUCUCCAGUCUCACAGCUCGAGCUUAGUCCAUCAGACUAUCUGACGCAGACGAUAUCGUUAGUUGCGAAGCUUCCAGGAGGAUCAAACAAGUUCGUCCCAUUGCUCAUAGCCAAAGUGAAAGAACUCUUGCCAGACUUGGUAAAGCCAAUAUGUGAAGUCAUUGAACUACCACAUCUGGCCUUUGAUGAUCCCAUGAGCCCAGAUACACGUUUCAUAUACGAAGAAGAGGUUGGUCGAGGACUGUAUACGGAUCUCAGAAGAGGGCUAUGGGAGCAACUGCUCAUUGGUAAUCAACCAUCCUACCCAAGUGAGCGACUCGAAACAAUACGAACUCCUUCGAGACCCCGCUGCCACGAGAGUUGGCGCCAUCGUCGAACCCACUGUUCGCCCACAUACGUAGAUGUCAUUAUCAGUCAACCGCCUGCACCGCUUAUCCGUCUCGGGAACCACCGGCGUCGGUGCCUUCCCGCGUCCCUAGCCUCUACAAUCCAUGGUCGCGUUUCCCCCAUCCUGCGCGCUCGAUCCAUCUUGUCAACAUUUGUAACCCAACGCUUUGAACAAGGCGACAAUCAUAAUGGUGAAGCACAAGGUGCCUAG